UCGCGUCGCCGCCGGGUUCGCGCGCGCGAGACGGAGAUACGGGAAAACGCGCGCGUCCACCUCGUCAUCGUCGUCGCCGCCGCCGUCGUCGCGCUACGCUCUCUCCCUCGCGACGCACAACGCUGAUCGUUCUCCAUCGCUCGUCCGCCGUGCUACUCCGCUCCGCUCAACGUGUGGGAUCGCCGCGCGAAAUAUGGCGACCCGACGGCCGCGCGGGAGUGAGACCGCGCGCGUCCGCGUUACUCAUCCGACGGCGGGCACGAGAGCUCGCGAGGUAGCCGGGCUAUGGAAAGUAUGGUCGAGGAAAAUGGAUCAGCCGUCGAUCCGUUGUCCCAGGGCUCCCAGAGCGGCGACGCAGCACCAGCAAUCGCAACCUCGGUACAAUCUCUCGAUAGAACGCAUCAGCAGCAAACUCAUCACCUGGUAGCUUCUACCAGCAUUGUGCAACUGACGCUACCCUCGUCGGGAACAACACAGGUGCAAUCGGUCAUACAACCCAAUCAACAGUCCGUGAUACAAACCGCCACGAACAUACAGCCCGUCACCCUCUCCAAAGGGAACGUUAUCCUGGUUAGCAAACCCAACUCCGUUAUACAAACUGCGCAAGGCAGUUUGCAGACGCUUCAGGUCGUUGAAACUGGCAGCGACGACAGUUUCUCAGACGAGGAUUCACCCAAGAAGAGGAAUAUUCUAACCAGACGACCGUCUUACAGAAAGAUUCUCAACGAUUUAGGUGGAGGGGAAAUUACAGACGGUCGUUUGCCCCCCUUAGAAUCAUCCUCCGAGUGUGAUUCUAACGUGGACAGUGAAGUGUCUUCCCAUUCGCUCCAUUACCAAACAGUAAUUCCUGCCGGUACUAUUCAAAUUGCGACCCAAGGGGAGGGUGUUCCGGGGCUUCACACGUUAACUAUGAGCAAUGCGGCGACAGCGGGUGGAGCUAUAGUGCAGUAUGCACAGGGCCAGGACACUCAAUUUUUUGUCCCAGCUUAUGCAGGCCACGGGGUUGUAGUUGAGGAUGCGGCACGAAAGAGAGAGCUGAGGUUGCUUAAGAACAGAGAGGCGGCGCGUGAAUGUAGAAGAAAGAAGAAGGAAUAUAUAAAGUGCUUAGAAAAUCGUGUUGCGGUGCUGGAGAACAGAAAUCAGACGCUAAUCGACGAACUGAAGUCGUUAAAAGAAUUAUAUCAGCAGAAAACCGACUGAGAUUGGUGUUUAAAGCCUGCGCGACAGUGUAUCAAAACUAUUAUCCAGUCGAUGAACCUGUACAUGUCUUGUUUGUGUACAUUAUCCUAAAUGUUGCUAGGGGUAAGCGAUGGUGAUGUACAUGCAUUCUUAUAGAUAUUUCUCUGUAACAUACUGUAUUUAAGUACGAAAUACGAAGGCUUGUGAAACUUGCUGUUACUAAAGCGGGAAGCCAAAGUUAUAUGAGACACGGAGGCAGCAAACACGUAGGCAAUAUAUCAGUCUCUAUUUUGGAUAAACACAGCGCGCGGUUCACUCGAAGUUGAAUUCGCGUACUCGAAAUUUCGAUCUUACGGACUAUGGAACAGUUAGAUUACCUACGAUAAUAACUGACAAAUGAUAUUCGUGUUUGUUUAGCAUCAUUGUCUACCGACCGUUUAUAAUAGAUGAAAGCGUGUCCUGCUCCGUUAUGACACGUUACAGUUUAUUUCUCUAUAGUGUAUAGAAAAGAUAUAUAUAUAUAUAUAUAUAUGGAAGCGUUUGUGUGCUAGAAAUAGCGUUUCGGCUAUCUGCGUGAAAAUUCUUAUGUAAAUAUUUCCACAAAACGUGCCGUGGCUUACAAUUGCGUAACAGACAAUGUUCGAGAUAUUUGUGAUAGAUUUACAAACAUUUGUUGAUAAAUAGAUUGAAGAAAAUUGAAAUAUCUCUUUCGUAUCCUCAUCGUUUAAGAAAAUAAUUUGGCUAUAAAAAGACUAAAUUAUUUUUCAAAAAAAGCUUAAUUUUUUCUGUGGCAACCAUUUUGCAAUGUUAUAUUGCUAUAUAUAUUUGGUGCAAUCAGAUUUGAUAUUUCUAUAAUAAUUUGAGAUCGACUAUAUAACAUGAUGAUGUAAUCAUUUCACAACGUAAGGAAAUGGACAAAAAUGAUCUACUUGCUGAGCGUUACAAUACCAUUUCCUUUUGACAUAAAUAAUACGAACGGUUUUCUGUGCGUGUAAAAAUCGUGCCAUGGCAAGACGCGCUUCCAUCUACCGUAAAUAGGUCUUAAUAUAUGAUCUGUCGCAAAAUAAAACCAUAGGUCGAUGAACAUCUGUUUUCUGUUGCUGAACUGGCUGCGCUAGUUCAGAGUUCAUCUUUUUCCUUCCAAUGUGGAGUAAAAGAGAUAAACUCGAAACUAGUGCAGUCAGUUUAACAAUAGAAAACAGACCCCAUAUAUGUCUAGUUUCACAAAAAAAUUGAAAAUUAUGCUUGAAAAGGAAUGCUUCUAAUGAAGUCCGCUUUAAAAUGGAAUGCUUUAUAAAAGAAUCUUGGCAUCGACGUAGGAAAAAUUGUAAAAGUAGUUAUACGAGACAUUUGAGUGAUAUAAGGAAAAAAAAGAAGAUAUCUCUCGUUCUCAUAAUGCCUGCAUCGCCUUUUUCGUUUGCUGUAUAAACGUGCGUGAAGAGCGGUAUUACGUCGCUUUUAAAACGAGUAAAGUGUAAUCCUGUUUUAUCGUCUCGUCAGAAUGCCCCGUUCAUUAAACGCUGAACAACACAACUUGUAAAAUAUGAAUGUAAUAUACAUCUGGAGUGCCUUGAAGAUUUACGAUACUUGUGAUAUACAUAUACAUAUGUUGGAUACAAAAGAAGAAACGCGCAACAUAUGCAUAUGUAUGUAUAUACGUAUGAAGGAAAUUAUGUUGUAGGUAAAUAUGGGUAGAUAUAUAUAUAUUAUAUAUGAUAUUUUUAAAGUAUAUUAUUAAUAUAGUUUUAUGUACUUGACACACGCAACUCUAUCACGAGAAUUGUAUUAUUUUUUGGAAACUCGUGUUCCCACGUAAUCUCAUUAUCGUCGAGUCGAAAACCAAUUAAUGACACAUUACUGACAAUGCGCAAUGUAUUGUGAACGAUACGCGUGGUUUGACCAUGAAGAGGUAGCGUUAAAGAUCCAAAUAAAGAACAUAAUUUUUUUAACAAAUGUCGUUGCAGUUGAUGACGUGUUGUGAGUUUUAGUUGUUAUUUUAUGGGCGCAAUCUCUUAAAUUCAUCGUAUGGCGUGUCAUCGCAAAAAAAAAAAAAAAAAGAUAUGCCCACCGACACGUUUCUUAAUACAUACAAUGAUACGAAAAUUGUUUAUAACAAAGUAGUACGUACCCAGAAAUUCGACGCCGGACGCAUCGUUUAGAAUUUCGUAUUUUAUCGGUCCAUCUUGAUUCUUCGUAGUUUUGUAAUGCUAACGAACAUUGUCAAUUUAUGAAACAAUGCUUAAAAAAAAGAAGAAAAGAAAACAGAAUGAAAGAAUCACUAUAGAUAAUAAAUGUGCCGUAUCCUUUA